AUUCAAGUUAUCUUAUCUUAUCACCGUGUCUGAGCAGACCGUCCCAGUUGUUGACCGCCAUGGCGCUGCCAGAGGAGAUCGUGACAGUCGAUGCUAUCCUUUUCGAUCUGGAUGGGACCCUCAUAGACUCCACUCCUGGCGUCAUUUCAGCCUGGAAGACAUUCGCAGAGGAAUACAAACUUGGAUCGCAUCUUCCUAUCGUGCAGAAAACUCACGGACGGAGACUUGUGGAUACCCUGAAGGAUGAGACAAUAUGCAAUAUCCAGGACAAAGAACUUUUGGAUAGCGAAAUUUUGCGCUUCGAGGAUCUGGUGAUCCAGGGUAACCCAGUGGCCCUCAAAGGAGCAGCCGACUUCUUGAAUGAGCUCGAUUCCCACCAUGACAUGCGCGCUAGGUGGACAAUUGUCACAUCAGCCUCGAGGUACUAUGCAGCUCAGUGCAUACCAGCGUGCAAAAUUCCGGUGCCUACGUCAGGGUUUGUGACGGCGGAUGAUGUGAGUGAAGGCAAGCCAAAACCCGCACCGUAUCUCGAGGGAGCAAAAAAACUUGGGAUUGAUGUGACUAAGUGUCUGGUCAUCGAGGACGCACCAUCCGGGGUGCAGGCAGGAAAUAGUGCUGGUGCAAAGACACUUGCAGUUUGUACCUCCCACAAACGCGAGGACUUUGAGAACUGUUCGGAGGAAAUAAAGCGCCCCACGUAUAUAAUUGAUGAUCUGACUAGAGUACGCGUGAAUUGGGAGAACAGCAAGAUUCAACUAACGAUCGAUACCCGUAGAGCACCAGAUGGAUCAGCGAUGUUGUAGACAGACAUCCUGACUCCCGCAAAGUAGCAGUUUCAGGAUUCUCUACCAGGUCUAACGCUUGAUACAAUUCAAAACAUGAGGGUGCUUACCAAUGGCAGAAGCUGCCUCAUCGCGGAUAAGCAAUUUGCUUCCACAGAGUUAAGACACUGCAUAUAGAACCUGAAAUCAAC